AUGGCCGACGCAGCUGCCCCCGCGAGCACGGAGCCCUCCAAGAGCGCGCUCAAGAAGGCCGAGAAGGCGGCCAAGAUGGCCCAGGCCAAGGCGGAGAAGGCCGCCAAGGCGGCAACCCAGACCGUCGCCGUUGUGGGCGGCAAGAAGGCGGACGACAUCAUCGGCAUCACCGUUAGCAAGGCCGACCACUUUGCGCAGUGGUACCAGGAGGUUGUGCUCAAGGCCGAGAUGAUCGACUACUACAACGAAAUUGCCGGCUUCUACAUCCUGCGCCCGCCUGCCAUGUACAUCUGGAACGUCAUUCGCAAGUGGUUCCAAGAGCGCAUCGAGCACAUGGGCGUCGAGGAGACCAGCUUCCCCAUGUUCCUGUCGUCCAAGUCGCUCGAGAAGGAGAAGGACCACGUCGAGGGCUUUGCCCCUGAGUUGGCCUGGGUGACGAAAGCCGGCGACAAGGACCUCGAGGUCCCCGUGGCCGUCCGUCCCACCUCCGAAGCCGUCAUGUACCCCUACUACGCCAAGUGGAUCCGCAGCCACCGCGACCUGCCCUUCCGUCUCAACCAGUGGAACUCCGUCGUCCGCUGGGAGGCCAAGCAGACGACUCCAUUCCUGCGCGCCCGCGAGUUCCUGUGGCAGGAGGGCCACACGGCCCACGUCUCCGAGAAGGCUGCCGGCGAGGAGGUCCUUGAGAUCCUCGAGCUGUACGCCGGUGUCUACGAGCAGCUGCUCGCCGUCCCCGUCGUGCGCGGUCGCAAGACCGAGAACGAGAAGUUUGCCGGCGGCUACUACACGACCACGGUCGAGGGCUACAUCCCCACCAAUGGCCGCGGCAUCCAGGGCGCCACCUCCCACUGCCUGGGCCAGAACUUUAGCAAGAUGUUCGACAUUACCGUCGAGGACCCGAACCAAAAGGGCCAGCAUAUGCAUGUCUGGCAGAACUCGUGGGGCCUGUCCACGCGCGUCAUUGGCGUCAUGGUCAUGAUCCACGGCGACGACAAGGGCCUCGUGCUUCCGCCGCGCAUCUCCAAGGUCCAGGCGAUUCUGAUCCCUGUCGGGUUGACCGCCAAGAUGACGGCCGAGGAGAAGACGGCCCACGUAGCCAAGUGCGACGAGCUGCUCGCCCAGAUCAAGAAGGCCGGCGUGCGCGCCGACAUUGACGUGCGUGAGGGCUACACGCCCGCGUGGAAGUUCAACGACUGGGAGCUCAAGGGCGUGCCGCUGCGCCUCGAGUUUGGUCCCAAGGACGCCGCCAAGGACGUGAUCAGCUUCGCGCGCCGCGACACGGGCGAGAAGGGCACGAUCCCGCUGGCCGAGCUGGCGACGGCCGUGCCGGCGCUGCUCGAGACGGUGCAGAAGGACCUCUACGACAAGGCCGACAAGUCCUUCCGUGAGCACCGUCUGGUGAUUAAGGAUUGGAGCAAGGUGGUGCCGGCUCUGGACAACAAGAACGUGGUGCUGAUCCCGUUCUGCCUGGACCCAAAGUGCGAGGACCGCAUCAAGGACCUGACCAAGAGCGACGAGGUGACCGAGGGCCCUGAUGGCCAAAAGGCCCCGUCGAUGGGCAUGAAGAGUCUGUGCAUUCCCUUUGAGCAGCCGGAGGAGAAGCUGGCCGAAGGCACCAAGUGCCUGAACCCCGAGUGCGAGCGCAGCGCCAACACCUGGGUCAUGUUCGGUCGCAGUUAUUAG